UUGAUAUCCGGUGAUGUGUUCGUUCUGAAAAAUGAUGAUCCACAAUAAAUAGAUGAAAUGCACAGUUUACCGGGAAGUGCUCGGUUUAAGAGUUCCCCUGCAGGACGAGUUGACUCCUCACAGAAGCCCCCUAAUACAGGGGAGGAAAUAUCCGGGCGGAAAGAGGAAAUAGCCAAGAAGGAAAGUCAACAAAAACGUCUCUACUUUUACCAGAGCGAGCUUCAAAACAUGGCCCGAGAGUUACCGGGUAAAUAUCAGCAGCGACUCCCAUAUGACCUUCUGUCAGGCCUGGCUAGCUCCCUGCUGGAUGGUACGGUGUUUGAAAUCGUCCGCAGUUUACAGGAAGUCCAGCAGUUAGAGGAGAGACAUCUGCAUACACAGAGGGUCAAACUCGUCAAUGAUCACAAAGCACAGAGACAUGAGCUGCAAAAGAGACACAAAGAAUUACUACAGAGCUGUCAGAUGAAGCCUCACAAUUUACCCAUAGUGGAGGCUCAGAUUGAGAGAGAGAAGGAGACGAUGGAGAAGAGGUGUGAAGAAGAAGUGAAGAAGAAGGACAUGAAGAUAAUCAUGGAGCUAGAUCAGAAGGUGAUGGAUCAGCAGGUCAUGUUGGAGAAGGCGGGAGUUCCGGGGUUCUAUGUCACCAACAAGAGUAUUGACGUCAGACUACAGAUGUAUCUCCUAGAGUUUAUCACCAGAAUGGGACACAUGCAGCCACCUUGAAGCUGAGCAUUAGGUGGUAGUUGUUUUGAUUAAAGUCAAGAAAUCUUUCUGUUGAUUUAGAAAAAAAAACAGAGAUUGAUGAAUUUAUUCAAGUUGUUCUCCCUAAGACUUAAGAAAAUGGAUGUUUUUACAUGGGAAUAAAAUGGACAAAAACAAUUGUUAAACAUAUGAACAUGCAUGAUUGUACAUGUUAUAGCACACAGGCACCUUGUUUAAACUGUUCUUCUGUAAAAUCAAACUUUCGUUAGGGUAAAUUGUCCUGGCCUGAGAAUACUAGUAUUUAAGGGUAAAUAAUGAUUUCAGGAGGAAUUGAUUUUUUCGUAACAAGAUUUCUAAAAAUGUCAUUCAUGAGAAAAUUACAUUACAUUUCAUGAUAAGCUUAAUUUUGCGAAUCUAUUCGAAUAUGUCAUCGAAAACAAGACAAAUUAAUUCCUCAUGAAAAAUUAUGGAUUUCUCAGUAAUAGCAAAACAAAAAUAUCCGAAGUGAAAUAUAAUGUGUUAGCAGCAUUUUGAGCAUUUGAAAACUUACUAGUAAUCAUCAAGAGACAUAUGAUAUCGAAGAAAAAGUGCAUGUUUGUGUCCUUAAUAUUAAAAACACAUUAUAUGGUUUAUUAGUUGAGAUUCCAGGGUUGUGGUUAACCACUCGCCCACUCGCCAAAUUUCAAGUGGGCGAUGAAGAAAUCAAAAUUUGAUCGCCCACAUGGAGGGCGUCUUGUUCCCAGAAACAUGACCGUGCUUUGCUUGUAUUUUUAUAAUCCACUUCUUUUUUUUCUUAGCAAACACUAUGCUAACCAUGACUUUUGGUGUCGUGUGCAAACUAUUACAUUUGUAUACAAUGCAAACACUUGCUUGACCUAGACGUAUGCCAAGCAGCAUUUUCAAAUAUUUUGUUGAUGAGGUAUGUGGGACCGUAAAUCACAUUGUGGGCCCCUAAACUUUGAAAAGUAAGGGGCCCACAUGGCUCGUAGGAUGUAAAUGGUUAACCACAACCCUGGAGAUACUAGUAUUUUUCUUCAUAAUAUUGUACACUGUCCAUAUUUUACAUGUAUAUAUAUAUAUGUUAGAUGAACAUAAUCUAUUAUGAAUUUAUAAUGUAAUGAAAUUUCAGAUUCUGCUGUUGUACUUCUUCCAUCACGCUGAGUGCAAAGAAUGUAAGAAAUUUUGGUUGAAAUGAAUGAAUUUUACCAAUUGAUUAAUACCCUGUAAAUUUGAAAUUUUCAUUAGAUAAAAUUUAAGUGUUACCUACAUGUAAUAUGCUUUUGUAAAAAUUGCGUUUACCUCUACCAGAUGAGGUGCACAAAACAUUGUAAUAAUUGUUGACACAAGCAUCAAACUAAUAAGUUUUU